CGCAAUCCGUCGUAUUCACCCCUGCCCGACACCAGAGCGGAGUCCUUGUAAGCUGCCCAAUUUCUUUGUCUAUCUCCACCUCUCGCUCUCUUCCCUCCCUCCCUUCUCGCGUGCCUCUGCCCCGAUCGCAUUCUGCUUCCCAUCCGCGUUUUGCGUCGCAGCGUCUUGGUCGAAGCCUCACCCAUCCCGCCUACUUGUACGCUAAUCUCCAGUGUCAAAGCUGCCUCUUUUUUCCUCUUUUUUCCCCCUCCCCUUUUUCUUCGACAGGCACAGCACAAAUGGCUCGCGAAGGCACGCGAUCCGCGACUGGCAACUCCAAGCCGCGCAUCUUUCAGACUGUCGACACCGCGCCCGCCAUCAAGCGCACCACCAAGCCCAAGAAGGCAUCCCCGCCCACCACCAGCGCCGCGGCCAAAGUCAAGGCCGCCGCAAAGCCCACCGGUGUCACCAAGAAGAGAGCUCCUCCGCCGAAGAAGGAAGGUGUCGCAACCAAGGUCAAGGCUGCCGUCAAGAAAGCUGCUGAGAAGGCAGCCGACAAGGCCACGGACAAGUCAGCCGAGAAGCCAAGUGACAAAGCAAGCGAGAAGUUGAGCGAGAAGCCGAGUGAGAAGGCAAGCGAGAAGCCCGCGGAGAAGGCGGCCGAGAAGUCAGCCGAGAAGUCGGAAGACAAGCCGGAGAAGCCCGAGAAGGCCGAAAAGCCUGAGAAGGCCGAGAGACCAAAGAAGGUGAUUUAGCCGUGGCAUUGCAGCAUCGCUCGACGAGAUUCCCGGCUAA